GAACUCCCAAACCAGAACUUGCUCGUCAUAGAAAAUCUCGGGGCGAACUUGCCUCUCUAUGCAGGCGGUCGCAGCAGUGGCAGUGGCUGUAGCGGUGGCGGUGGCGGUGGCAUCAUCAGCAUGGGUGGACGGAAAAUGGAGUGGGCAGGGAGGCCAAGCCAUCUGCGAGGGAUACCUCGGACGUGUGUGAUCAUGGCAGUGGGAGCAUUCGCAAAGUUUGUUGGCAAUUUUCUCAACUCCACCACUGUCUAUAACGCCGAAACCCUAAUCCGUCUCGUCCGGUCCCGACCUUCUGGUGUUCCCCUAAUCACCGUCAGCAACCACAUGUCCACGUUGGAUGACCCUGUUAUGUGGGGAUUCAAGGGAUUUCCCACAGCAGAUGCCAAACUAGCUCGAUGGGUGCUGGCUGCAGAAGACAUCUGCUUCAAAAAUUCAAUUUUGACAUAUUUUUUCCGGCUUGGGAAAUGCAUACCCAUAACCAGGGGUGCUGGAAUUUAUCAGGAACACAUGAAUGAAGCUCUCGAGCGCUUGAGUGAUGGAGCCUGGUUGCAUACAUUUCCAGAAGGAAAAGUGUGCCAAGAAGAUGCACCAAUCAGGCGAUUAAAAUGGGGAACUGCCAGCCUCAUUGAACGUGCUCCUGUAACCCCAAUAGUUUUGCCAAUUGUACAUUCUGGUUUUGAGAAGGUGAUGCCUGAGAAAGCUUUCUUUGGCAGAAGACUACCAUUUCCUCUCUGCAAUAAAGAUAUCAGAAUAAUUGUCGGAGAGCCAAUAGAAUUUGAUCUUCCAAAAUUGCGUGAGACAGCCAUGUCCAUGUCUACAGAUUCAUCUUUUCCCAGUAUGGGAUGGCCAACAGCAUCCCCUCACAGACAUGAUGAAGCAGUACAGAGACGGCUCUACACUGCCAUCUCUGAACAAAUCCAAACAGUCAUGGAGAGCUUACGAAGCUUCAGUACCAAAUUUUUUAGAUUACAAAGAUGAUUUAUACAUUAAUUUUUUCAUUUGAUAAUAAAGCAGAUCCAGUUGGCUAAUGAAUUUUGACCAUUCAAAUUUUUUACUUCAUGAGAGAUCCUAUAACCAUGAAUUAUUUGUAUUCCUUCCCUGUUUUUGCUUUCACAGUGAAAUAUUUAUUUGGAAGAU